ACGUAUAUUCGGAAGGCCCCGCCCUUGCUGCCAUGUUUGAGUCCUGUGUUGUGAGAAGGCCUAUGGUGUUCCGUCUGGACUACCUGUCUCUCCUGGUUUUAGGUCGUUUCGGAAGAAGACCUGGAUGCAUCUGAAAGAGGAAAUGGAGCCAGUGACUUUUGAUGAUGUGGCUGUGAACUUCAGCCCAGGAGAGUGGGCUUUGUUGGAUUUUAGUCAAAAGAAGCUCUACAGAGAUGUGAUGACAGAAACCUUUAUGAACCUGAUCUCCAUAGGGAGAACAGAAGAAAACAUUGAAGAAGAGUGUGCAAAUGUCAGAAGUCGUCUGCGAACUCCAGUGAUUGAAAGAGAAUGUAAAUAUGGAGAUGGUUGUCAGUGUGGAGAAACCCACCACCAGAUUCCAGAAUAUAUUGUUAAUGAGGACAUGCCUUCUGUAACAGCAGUACAUGAAAGAAAUGUAUGUGCAAGAGACACCAUUGGUCAUUUACCCUCAGGUGUGCAUCUCACAGUUGAAAUUGGAGAGAAACCAUUUGACAGCAAGGGACAUGUGGAGGUAUCUUUUCAACAUGAGAAACGUUAUACAGAUUUCACUUCUUUUCAGUCCUUUCAGGUACUCAAAAGUCCUAGGCAGAUAAUUUAUAAAAAGAAACAAUCUAAUGAAGCCUAUAGUAUUCAUACUUCUGAUCAAAAUUAUGAGCAAAUUUACAGUGAAGGUACAUGUCACAAAUAUAAUCAGUUUGAAAAAGCCAUCGGGAAAUACAGUUACUUUCAAAUGUAUGAAAGAAUCGACACUGGAGUGAAACCAUUUAUGUGUAAGCAAUGUGGAGAAGCCUUUAUUAAUUUCAGUCAACUUGUCUACCAUGAAAAAAUUCAUCCUGGAGAGAAAUGUUAUGUGUGUAAUCAGUGUGGAAAAACAUUUAGACAUUAUUCAUACCUUCAGAAACAUGAAAGAAUUCACAGUGGAGAUGCACCCUAUGUGUGUAAGCAAUGUGGCAAAGCAUUUAUUCGUUCAUCACACCUUCUUGUCCAUGAAAGAAUUCACACUGGAGAGAAACCUUAUGCGUGUAAGCAUUGUGGAAAAGCAUUCAGCCAUCACAGUGCCUGUUACAGACAUGAAAUAAUUCACACUGAAGAGAAACCCUAUGUUUGCAAGCAAUGUGGGAAAGCAUUUACUUGUUCUACAUCCCUUCGCAACCAUGAAAGAAUUCACACUGGAGAAAAACCUUAUGCAUGUAAGCAGUGUGGCAAAUCCUUCAUCCAGCGUGAUGCUUGUUACAAUCAUGAAAGAACUCACACUGGAGAAAAGCCUUAUGUAUGUAAACAGUGUGGGAAGGCAUUUACAUGGUCCACAUGCCUUCGAAACCAUGAAAGAACUCACACUGGAGAGAAACCUUACACAUGUAAGCAUUGUGGGAAAGCCUUCACCCAUUCCAGUACCCGUUACAGUCAUGAAAGAAUUCAUACUGGGGAGAAACCAUAUGUAUGUAAAAAAUGUGGGAAAGCAUUCAUUCAUUCCAGUCAUCUUAUCAGCCAUGAAAAGAUCCACACUGGGGAGAAACCUUACCCAUGUAAGUAUUGCGGGAAAGCUUUCAUUCAACGUAAGGCUUGUUACAAUCAUGAAAGAACUCAUACUGGAGAGAAACCUUAUGUGUGUAAACACUGUGGAAAAGCAUUUAGGUGUUCCACAUACCUUCGCAACCAUGAAAGAACUCACACUGGAGAGAAACCUUAUAUAUGUAAGCAUUGCGGAAAAGCCUUUACACAUCAGAGUGCCCGUUACCGUCAUGAACGAAUUCAUACGGGAGAGAAACCCUAUGUAUGUAAAAAAUGUGGGAAAGCAUUUAGUGAUUGCAGCUAUCUUGUGAAGCAUGAAAGAAUUCAUUGGAGAGAAAACUUACACAUGUAAAAAUAGAGACGCUUUUAUGUGUUCCACAUCCCUUUAUAUGCACGAAAGAGCCAACAGAAAAGAACUGAAGAAUUCGCAGCAGUAUAUCUGGUGGCCUUGUCUAUGGACAACUUACUUAUAGUGUGAAGUAUGAAAGAAAACUGUGAACAUCUCAUAAGAAAGGCUCUGGGUAAAGGUGCUUAUUUCUAAGUCUGAUCAUCUGAGUUCCAUUCCAGGGUCCCAUAUGGUGGAACUAGAGAAUUAUUCCCAAAGUUUACCUCUGAGUUCCAUGAACACACAUGGGCUCACACACAAGCGCAAUAUUUAUUAAAAGAAAACAGUGGAGAGUAACUGAAAGCUUAAAAAGUGUAGUGGUAGCCUCAAUAUGCAAACAUAUAUAGGAUAAAAAUCCUAUUGCACUGGGCAUGGUGGGCAUGCCUUUUAGUCUAGCACUGGGUGAAGUGGGGAUGGAGAGAUUAGAGAACUAUAAUGGAUAUAGUGGGUUUGAACACCAUAUGGGACUUUAACCAGUUGUAAGCAAGUGGAAUUUUCUUUACAAAAAGAAAAGAUGGUUCAUCUGUUCAAAGCACAUACUGUUCCGCCCGAGAACCUGAGUUUGUUUCUCAACAUCCACAGACUGUGGCUCAUAACCACCUGUAUUUCCAAAUCCAAGAAUUGUGAUG